AUGCCUAAGCCUUCAGAUAUCAAGAAUGUCGAUGUUGACGACCUCAUCCGGCAGCUCAGCACUGCCGAGGCCUGCGAGCUUACCACUGGCGUGGGCAACUGGUAUACUGCUGAGAUCCCUAGGUUGCAUAUCCCUCGAAUCAAGGUGUCCGAUGGGCCAAAUGGCUUCCGUGGUAACAAAUUCUUCAAUGGAACGCCUGCCAAAUCGCUUCCCUGUGCGACGGGUCUCGCGGCGACGUGGGACACCGACCUGAUUGGAGAAGUAGCUAGGGAGGUUUUGGCCUCCGAGGGCAGGUUGAAAGCUGCAGCCGUCUUGCUGGGACCGACGUGUAAUAUUCAGCGGUCUCCAUUGGGUGGUCGCAGCUUCGAGAGCUUCUCGGAGGAUCCCCAUCUCAAUGGUAUGAUGGCCGCUUUUUACAUCUCCAAUCUCCAGAAGAAAGGCAUUUCGGCCUGUAUCAAACACUUUGUUUGCAACGACCAGGAGCACGAACGGAUGGCAAGCGAUAGCUUGCUUAGCGAGCGUGCCUUGCGUGAGGUGUACCUCAAGCCCUUCAUGCUCGCGCAGAAAUACGCCGACCCAUGGUGCUAUAUGACCUCAUACAACCGCAUCAACGGCCUGCAUUGUUCUGAGAACGAAAGGCUUCUCACUGAUAUCCUGAGGAAGGAGUGGGGUUACGAAGGACUGGUCAUGUCCGACUGGUACGGUGUCUACAGCCUGGUCAAGUCCAUCAAGGCUGGUCUCGAUCUUGAGAUGCCUGGGCUUGAUGGCUGGCGUCAGACAUCGAAGUUAAUUCGCUCCGUUGAGUCUCACAAGCUCACCGUUGAGGAUAUCAAGUCCAGGGCAAAGAAGGUCUUAGAGCUUGUCCAGCGCAUUGCUAAGGCAUCACCAGAGAUUCUCGACGGUGACCAACAGGAGCGCUCCGACGAUCCUCCGGAGCACCGCGCUCUCCUCCGCAAGGUUGCGGGAUCGUCUAUCGUUCUGCUGAAGAACGAAAAUCACGUCUUACCAUUAAACCCACAGAAGACGAAGAAACUGGCCAUCAUCGGCCCGAAUGCCAAGGCUGCAGUCAUUGGUGGAGGUGGAUCUGCUUCGCUGAAUGCGUCGUACAUUGUCACACCUUUUGAGGGCAUUAUGGCCGCGCUUCCCAAGGAUGUCGAAGUUGCAUACGCUGAAGGUUGCCAAGCGCACAAUCGCGCCCCGGCACUUGAGCAGGAUAUCGUUACGGAGGAUGGUCGCCCUGGCUGGAUUGCAACCUUUUACGAGAUGAAGGCAGAUGGUACUCUUACCUCUCCCGUCGACACAGUGUACCUUGAAGAGACGUAUCAGCUCAUGUCGGAUGCGGACAUCAAUUUAAAAGGAGUCAGCUGGUGGGCGAUUUUCAGAGGCAAGCUUCGGCCGCGCAAGGAGAAGGUCAAGUUCCGCUUCGGUCUAACUACUGCCGGCCGUGCCAAACUAUUCGUGAACAACAGCUUGGUCAUCGACGUCUGGACAAAGCAGAGACGUGGUGAGGCGUUCUUCAAUUCCGGCUCUGAGGAAGAGUUUGGUACCGUGGAGAUCGAGGCUGGCUCCGCUGCUGACAUUCGCGUCGACUUUUGCAACUUGUCGGCACCGACUGAUUCUGACGCGAGCGAGAGGCCCAAUGCGAAUGCGGGCAUUCGCUUGGGUGGCUUCGAGGUGCACGACGAAGAGGAAUCGCUCCAGGAAGCUGUCGAUGUCGCCAAGUCUGCGGAUGCGGUGAUCGUCAUCGUGGGCUUGAACGCCGAUUGGGAAAGUGAGGGCUACGAUCGCAAGGAUCUAGAACUCCCAAGGAAGACCAAUGAGCUCGUCAGUCGCGUUGCGAAGGCAAACACGAAUCAUGUGGUCGUAAUGCAAUCGGGUUCCGCUGUUACUAUGCCGUGGGUUGAUAACGUGUCCGCACUCGUGCAGGCGUGGUACCUGGGCAAUGAGACAGGGAAUGCGAUUGCGGACGUUUUGUUCGGCAAGGUCAACCCAUCUGGCAAGAUGUCGAUCACCUUCCCUAGACGGCUGGAGGAUACACCGUCGUACUUGAGCUACGGGAAUCAGAACGGCAAGGUACGCUACGCUGAAGAUCUGUUCGUGGGCUAUAAGCAUUACAUUGUCCGUGACAUCAAACCCCUAUUCCCAUUCGGGUUUGGGUUGUCUUACACAACGUUUGAGUAUUCCAACCUCGAGGUUGGCAAGUCAACUUCAAAAGGCGCCGACUUCACAGCUGCCGUCAAGCUCACCUUGACCAACACUGGGCAAAUCAUCGGCUCAGAGGCCGUGCAGGUGUACAUUGCUCCGCCUGAAGGUCUACUCACACGCCCUGCUUUCGAGUUAAAAGCUUUCAGCAAGGCGCGCGAUAUCCCAGCAGGCAAAGAAGUCAAGAUCACGCUCGAGCUCGAUAAGUACGCUGUGUCAUACUAUGACGAUCAAGCGAUGGCGUGGCGCGCCGACAAGGGCGAGUAUGGGGUGUUCAUUGGUGCUUCCAGCGACGACAUCAGACUGAAGGGAAGGCUCGUCUUGGAAGAGAGCUUCACGUGGACUGGGCUGUAG